AUGAGCGAUCAACCUGCACAAAGCACGAACGAGUUUACUAUUGUGGUAAAAGGACCCAAUGGCGAAAAGGUUGAUAUCAGUGUAACAUCUUCUGACACGGCAGCCUCGUUACGUGAAAGAAUUAUUGCUUUUUACAGCUUAUCUGUGUAUUCCAACUAUCACUUCGAGAUUGAUACGAAACCUACUCGCACUCGACUUGACGAAGUGACUCCCUUCGGAGAAGUUGAUGCUAUCAAGAACAAUGCUAUUUUCAACUUAGUUUGCGACCAGUACACUACAACGGCAGCACGCGAGCACAUCAAGCGGACCGUAGCGUUGGUAACUGACACGCUGCCGCUUAUUAUGCUCAUGACGAAGAAACAGGUAGAAGAUGUUCCUGAAAGCGUUUUGGCUUACGAGAACAUUCUGAAGGCUUCGAUGGAAGGAAAGGAGCCCACGGAGGACAUGAAGCCGAAGGAGAGUUAUCUCGACAAAGAGGCGAUUGAGAAGGACCAGCAGUUCAAGAGCGAGAUCGAGAAGCCGAAGUUCCCUAUCCAAUUCAACCUGGAUUCCUUCACGAAGACGCACGCGCUGCUGAGCGAAAAGAAGGAAUAUCCUCUGUGCAGCAUGCAGAUGUCCGCCUACAACCCUCCGAGCUCCAAUCGCCAGUUGAUCGGCGACUUGGCCUAUCUGCGCAUCGUAACGAAGGAGAACGCGGUGCUCCACAUCACUUGCUGCACGAACGGCUUCUACGUGAGCCAGUCUUCCGAUUCCGUGUUCAACGCGGCUGCGAGCGAGCAGCACUCCACGGUCUAUUCGACGCUCUGCCACCUGCUGGUCGCGGUGUCCCCCGCGUUCGCCGCGUGGUACAAGCAGCACGUGGAGGAGGGCGAUCGCACGGAGAAGUUCUCGCUGGAGGAGAUCCUGGACUCGCUGCCCACCCUCGCGAGCAACACGAUUCCCCCGCAGCACUGGUUCGCCUCCUCGCAGGACGACACCGUCAGUGUGGAGCUGCUGCAUCAGGCCGCGCAGCUGCUGGCCGGCGAGACGCUUCCGUACCUCUCCUCGGACGUCACUCCCGCGCCGAACUGGCUGCAGGAGUACAAUCUGGUGAAGGACCAAGUGGACGCCGAGCUGCAGCCCUUCUACUCGUACAGUCUCGAGAACGAGUUCGCCGCGGCGGCCGUGCGCGGAGCGCGUCGCAUCGUGGAUGAGGCGCUGGUGGCGGAGCCCACGACGGGCGGAUUGAAGACGUACCAGGUGGACGGGAUCACGUUUACGCACAUUGAGCCCUCGCUCGCCAACACGGGAGCGCGCGUUCUGGCCAACUACAGCGUGCUUGGCGUGACGAAUCUGAACACCGCGAACGUGCCCGAACUUCGCACGAUCCUGAUGGCGGUGGUGGACUACCGCGGCCGUCGCUUCCUCGCGCAGACGCCCGUUCCGGGUGUGGUGGAGGUGAGCGUCUGCGAGUGGAGCGAGCUGUAG